ACACUUUUGAAGGCUGUCUUUUAGUCGACAAAGCAUUGUCUUCUAUGUUUAUAGCUUUCGCAGGUUUCAUUUCACCACUUCGUGCAGCUAAUAACAAUCCAACAUGCGAAUACGGUGAAAGUGAGUUAAGUGAAUAUGUUGUUGAAAAUGAGUUAAGCAAAUAUGUUGAAAAUGAGUCAAGCAAAUAUGUUGAAAAUAAGUCAAGCAAAUAUGUUGAAAAUGAGUCAAGCAAAUAUGAUGAAAGUGAUUCAAGCAAAUAUGGUAAAAGUAAGUCAAGCGAAUGUUUUGUUAAAAGUGAGUCAAGUGAUUAUGUUAUUGAAUCAAACAAAUAUGUUGUUGAAGUAAAUCAAGCGAAUAAUUUUGUUAAAGUAAAUCAAGUGAAUAAUUUUGUUGAAAUAAAUCAAGCAAAUAAUUUUGUUGAAGUGAAUCAGGUGAAUAAUUUUGUUGAAGUGAAUCAAGUAAAUAAUUUUGUUGAAGUGAAUCAAGUGAAUAAUUUUGUUGAAGUGAAUCAAGUGAAUAUUUUUGUUGAAGUGAAUCAUUCAAAUAUAUGA